GAACCUCACCUUAUUUCCACACCAACACUGUCUGAUACCAUAUGAUGCUUCAAGUCUGAACAAAUGUUGAUCCUUUGACGGUGUGACAGGAGAAAGAGAGAGCGAGCGCCGUGUGCCCAGGACUAUCAUGCUUCCCCAUCGCACAACUCCGCUGUGCCAUGUGUUUAUGUUGGUGCUGUGUUUGUCUGCGGCUGAGGACUUCGACUGGACAAAGAACGACCGCGGCUCCUUCUAUUAUGGCACUUUUCCAGUUGGAUUUUCGUGGGGUGCCGGCAGUUCAGCCUAUCAAACAGAAGGAGCCUGGGACAAAGAUGGAAAAGGACUGAGCAUCUGGGAUGUCUUCUCACACAACAAAGGCAAAGUCUUACGCAACGACACCGGGGAUUCUUCCUGCGAGGGCUACUACAAAAUCAAGGAUGACAUCUCUUUGAUUAAAGAGCUGAAGCUGAACCAUUACCGCUUCUCCAUCUCUUGGCCCAGACUCAUUCCAACUGGGAUCAAGUCUGACCAUGUGAAUGAAAAAGGAAUCAAGUAUUACAAUGACCUGAUUGACAAUCUUCUGGAGAACAAGAUCACUCCUAUCGUCACCCUUUAUCACUGGGAUCUCCCCCAGGUCUUGCAAGAGAAAUAUGGCGGGUGGCAGAAUGUCAGCAUGGUCAAUCACUUCAACGAGUUUGCCAAUCUGUGCUUCGAAAGAUUUGGCAACCGCGUGAAAUACUGGAUCACUUUCAAUAACCCAUGGUCAGUGGCGGUGGAAGGCUAUGAGACUGGAGAGCAUGCUCCCGGAAUGAAGCUGAAGGGAACAGGGGCAUACCGGGCUGCUCAUCACAUCAUUAAGGCACAUGCUAAGGUGUGGCAUACCUAUGACAUGCAGUGGAGGGGCAAACAAAAAGGUUUGGUGGGCAUCUCCCUGUCAGGGGACUGGGGAGAACCAGUGGAUAUCACCAACCAGAAGGACAUAGAAGCUGCUGAGAGAUAUGUCCAGUUCUACAUGGGCUGGUUUGCCACACCCAUCUUCCAUGGAGACUACCCUCAAGUGAUGAAAGACUUCAUAGGCAGGAAGAGUGCCCAGCAAGGCAUGGGGAACUCUCGACUGCCCAGCUUCUCCUCACAGGAGAAGACCUACAUCAAGGGCACAUGUGACUUCCUGGGCAUCGGCCACUUCACCACCCGUUACAUCACCCUAAAGAACUACCCGUCUGUUCGCGGUGGCAGCAGCUACUUCACUGACCGGGACCUGGCUGAGCUGGUGGAUCCUCGCUGGCCAGACCCGGGCUCAGAGUGGCUGUACUCCGUGCCAUGGGGGUUCCGCCGUCUGCUCAACUUCGUCAAGACUCAGUAUGGGAACCCCAUGAUCUACGUGACUGAAAACGGCGUUUCGGAGAAGAUGCAUUGCACUGAACUCUGCGACGACUGGAGGAUACAGUAUUUCAAGGACUACAUUAACGAGAUGCUUAAAGCCAUCCGAGACGGGGUGAACGUGCGUGGCUACACAGCCUGGUCCCUGCUGGAUAAGUUUGAGUGGGACGAAGGCUACUCCGAGAGGUUCGGCCUGUACUACGUGGACUUCAGGAACAAGAACAAGCCACGCUAUCCCAAGGCCUCCGUUCAGUACUACAAACGCAUCAUCAGCUCCAACGGAUUCCCCAAUCAGAGAGAGGUUGAGAACUGGAAGAGGAAGGCCACAGAGACCUGCUCCUCCAGCAACCAGCUGCUAGCUGCAGCUAGAAGAAAAUCCCAGGAAAAUGCAGAAAUGCCAAAGGUUUGGCCAGUGCAUGAUGAAGUAUAGAAAGGGGUAUCUGUCAUUUAUUACAGACCUUUAGCAAUGGAACAUUUCCAACAUUGUUUCAACUAUCUGUCUGUGCUCUAAACAAUUUCGGACAACCAAUAAAUUGGUAUUAGAAGCGGAGCACAAUAACUUAAUGUGGUGAAUGGCUUUGGGUGCCGCUUGCAGUGUUCAGCUAACCCAUUCUUUGCCUUCUUCUCUCUCUCUUCAUAGCUUCUGUUUUUUUCUGAGCAGCUUCAGAUAUUCACAGCCUUUGCUUAUAAUGUUUCUAACAUGUAGUAACAUGUCACUUAACUGCACCUUCAGGCUUCCUGUGUGCUGAACCAACAAGAGCAUAAGUGUUACUAAAUCACAUGUUUAAAGCUGUGACGAUUUCAUCUUGCAGUGCUCAAAGGGUUAACAUGGCUUUGGUUCCACUCAGUAAUUUUUCUCUCUUUAUUAGAGGAACAGCGGAGUACUGCUGCAAAUAUUCUAAGACUUAUACAUGGUAAGAAAUCACUCGAUAUCUGCAAAAACAGGUUAAUUUUGCCAUACGAAACGAUUAACCCUUUGAGUGCUGUGCUUGAGCAUUAUUAGACGUAACGCAGAAGAGUUGGCGGUCAUGUGAUCCUAAUAUCCGCCUGGGGUGUGCUGUCUCCCCAGAUCCCCUGACCAGCCACAUGGAGAUGGUGACGGAGAUCGUUGUCCCUACUGUGUGUACCCUGUGUAUCUUGCUCAGCGCUGUUUUUCUAA